AUGCCAUGCCAACCACGGGGCGAGGCGCGUGCACUGCUCCACGGCAUGCAGGCAGUGAACGGCGACUGCGUCCGACCAUCCGAACUGCCCACAGCUGUCCUUGUCGAGUUGCGGUCCCUGCUCCGUGCGGAACAGAAGGUGGUUUCGUCAAGCGAUGCUGAAGUGGUCAAGCGCUCCGUGGACCGUUGCAUCUCUGUGAAACAGGGUUGCUGUGUGGUGAAAGUCACCUGGUCUGGCCUCGACGUGAUCGCGAGCAGCACCAAGUCGCUGCAGCAGGCGUUGAGGUGGCGCGCUGCUCUCACGGUGCUUCGGAAUAGAGCCAAGGCGCGCAUGAGCCUGGGAGGUUGCAGGCACACUCUGAUUGAGGACGAGGUCCUCACCAUGUUGAAAGCGGAUCCCGACCUCAACGUUGGCUUCAGUGGUGCCGUGAACGGGACUUCGAAGCGCACGCCGAAGACGCAGAACUGGCAGCUAGCUCUCACCCUUCAGGAACAGCUUCUUCAGGUGGUGAACGGAGGCGGAAAUAUUGAGAGAAAGGUCGACAAAUUCAUGGAAAAGGCGAAGAAGACAGUUGAGGCAGACAAGAAGAAGUAUAAGACCCUGGCCGCCCAGCAGAUCCGGGAAAUCGACGAGGAGUUGAUGCGACGGCAGGAGCAGAUGGUCCCUCAUCAAUCCCUGGCCGAGGCGCUUUCCUUGACGGAUGAGAAGGAGCUGGAGGAUGCGGUCAAAACGCUUCAGGAGCUUGCACCGGCGGAGCUCCGGCGGAGACGCACCAUCUUGUUCUCGCCCGCGAACUUGGUCGAUGGUUGGGAGCUACUCUGA